AUGGAACCCAGAAACCAAACAGAUGUUCUAGAAUUCUUUCUAAUGGAAGUGACAGAGGAUCCAGAAAUGCAGUCCCUCAUCUUCAUUCUGUUUCUGUUCAUGUACCUGGUCACCAUCCUGGGAAACCUGCUCAUCAUCCUGGCUAUCAUCUCUGACUCCAAUCUGCACACCCCAAUGUACUUCUUUCUCUCCGAUCUGUCUUUUGCUGACAUCUGCUUAAGCACAACCACAAUCCCAAAGAUACUGCUGAACAUUCAAACUCAGAAUCAGAGCAUCACUUAUAUAGGCUGCCUCACACAGGCCUGCUUUGUCCUGAGUUUUGCUAAUUUAGAAAAUUUUCUCCUUGUGGUUAUGGCCUAUGAUCGCUAUAUAGCCAUUUGUCACCCACUGAGCUACAUGGUUAUCAUGAACCCCCACCUGUGUGGAUUGCUGAUUCUACUGUGUCUGUUCAUUAGCAUCUUGAAUGCCCUCCUCCACAGUCUGAUGGUACUGAGACUGUCCUUCUGUACAGACAUGGAAAUCCCCCUUUUCUUCUGUGAAAUUUCUCAGGUCAUCAAGCUUGCCUGUUCUGAUACCCUCAUCAAUAGCAUCCUGCUUUAUUUUGCAGCUGGCAUAUUUGGUGCUGUUCCUCCCUUUGGAAUCAUUUUCUCUUAUACUCUAAUUUCUUCUUCUAUUUUAAGAAUGGCAUCAUCAGGUGGAAAGUAUAGAGCUUUUUCAACGUGUGGGUCUCACCUCUCAGUUGUAUCCUUAUUCUAUGGGACAGGUGUGGGGGUGUACAUUAGUUCUGCAUUUACACACUCUUCCAGGAAUAUGGCAGUAGCUUCAGUGAUGUACACUGUGGUCACUCCCAUGUUGAACCCCUUCAUCUACAGCCUGAGAAACAGGGACAUGAAAGGAGCCUUGAGAAAAAUCAGUGGGAGUGUACCUUCUUUUCAAUGA